CCGCGCCCCCUCAGUUUAGCCGCUUGGAAGAUGGCUGACUGCAGGAAAAUGGAGUGUCGUUUGACUUGUCUCUCUCUGUUUUUGCUAUUUACGUUGUUACUUCCUUCGAGCUGUUCAUCGGUCUAUACAUCAAAUUCCACUCCUAGAAAUGUGUUGGUAAAGGUAACUACCCCUGAAGUUGCAACUAAAAAUGAUCUGCCAUUGAACAGUACAAGUAACAUAGACAAAGAAAAGCUCUUAAAUGCAUCAGGUUUGACCAGUGAAACUCAAAGCAUAAAACCUAAAGACACCAAGUCAGCAGCAAAAGCUGCAAAUACAGAAGCAAAGAUAACCACCACAACACCAGCACCACUACUAGUUACUUCUGUGGCAGCUCCUACAACAGCUAAGAGCACUACAGUUACCACUAUAACAAGUAGGACUAUCACCACCACCACUGCAACAACUGCCAAACCAAAACCCCAAAAAACCCCAGUUCUCCUCACCACUAUCCUUGCUGCAACUGAAGUGAAGAUUUUGAAGGAAGAUGACUUACUGCCAACGCGGCCUGGUUACGAAGACAGAUCUCCCACCACCAUCAUAGAUAUUGACCUUUAUGAUGACGAUUAUCCGGGUUUGCAGAUGCCAGUUGACCGGGAGCAGUUGAAUGACAUAAAUGCCAAGAGCGAGCUUAUUGAAGACAUGGACAAAGGCGAUGACCUGCCUGACACCAAAGAAGAGGAGAGAGCAGAGAAGAUUGCAGUCCACAUCAAGGACACCUCCAUUUACGCUUCAGAAGACGAAGACUCCCACUUUUUUUUCCACCUGGUGAUCAUUGCUUUCCUGGUUGCCAUUGUGUACAUUACUUACCAUAACAAGAGAAAGAUUGUCCUUUUGGCUCAAAGUAGACGAUGGAGAGAUGGCUUCUGCUCAAGGAGCGUGGAAUAUCACAGGCUGGACCAGAAUGUUCAAGAUGCCAUGCCAUCACUCAAAAUGACAAAUGAUUACAUUUUCUGAACCAGCUGGACAAACUUGUAAUGUUCUCUUUUAGUGUAAAAAAACUGCUUUAAUUAAAGGUGCUGCUAAUUUAUUACAUUGAACUUGACAGGAGCUGUCAAAAGCACCUGAGAGGUCUAAUUUUAAAUAGUACACAUUGACGUUAAAGUUGACUACUUUUUAGUUCUUAAAACCUGAGCUCUCUAUGUACCCCAGUUACUUCUAAUGUGUAGCUUGCAGUAUGGAAUUCCUGUUUCUGUAUAAUAUUGAUUCUUUUUCAUCAAAAUAAAUUGGAAUAAUGUGUAUAUCAAAUGCUUUUUACAAUUGAACUAUGAAUUAAUUGGCUUCCAAAUUUUACAACUAGAGUUGCAACGAGAACAUUUUGCCAACACAUCUGUAUUCCUCUACAUCUAUGUGAGAUUGUUAGAUAUUUCUAAAUACUGUUUACCGAUUUAACAUAAUCGAAUAACAAAUAAGUACUCCAUUUUGCCUUAUUAGUGAAGUGUUGUAAAAGCAUUAUGUAGUACACUUGGAUUUGACUUUGUAUGUUUAUGUUCUAUAAAAUAAGAAAGCAAUAGAGAUCUAGUAUAAUUAAAUGAAGGUGUAAAGGUAAAGCAGCAGAAUAAUACCUCUGUAGGUGUAGGGUGUGGGAAGCAUAUUUUGGACUUAUUGGAAUAUAUAAGAACAAAACUUUUUUUUUUCUAAUUGGCCUUAGCAAACUAAUUUAAAACAACAUCAAUUACUUCUUAUAUGUAGACAAUUGUACAUAAUACAGAUUUGCAUCACGUUGUAGUGUAAGUUAUACAAGUAUUUCUACAAGUUGUAAAUACAAAUUAAAACAAUAUUUUCUAGUUAGUUAGCAUGAGUAUGAAACUUGUGGUGCAUGGUACUGCAGUAUAGAUUUCAAAGCAGAUUUAAUGGGCAACCUUUUCAAAAGAAAUGUUUAAAUUGUUAAAACAUUGACAAAAGCACAAUUGUAAAUGAGACUUUAAAUGUGUUACAGUAAAUCUUAAAGCUGUAUUUUCUUUUCAAAUAAAUAUAAUCAAUGCUUUA